GGUCCUGGAAGAGUCAGAAAAGGAUGGCUGGGCACGAAGGCUGCUUAGGUUUGCUUGCCCCUUGUUGGGUUUUUGUGCUGGAGUUCCUGCACCUCCCACAUGAAGUAUGGAACUUCAACUUACACGCAGAUGCUCCCACGGUGUACACUGGGGCUGAUGGAAGUUAUUUUGGCUUUGCCUUGGAUUUCUACCAAGAUAGUAAAAGCAGCAUGCAUGUGGUUGUGGGGGCUCCUCGGGCAAACACCUCACAACCUGGUGUGAUGGAGGCAGGCGCUGUCUAUUUGUGCCCCUGGACAGCCAGGGGCAGUAGCUGUACCCCCAUUGUGUUUGAUGCCAAAGGUGAUGAGAUCAAACAACGUGGCCACAUUACUCUGAAGAACUUCAAGUCCAAACAGUGGUUUGGAGCAUCUGUGAGCACCUGGAAAGACAAUAUUGUGGCCUGUGCUCCUUUGCAACACUGGAAUGCCAUUGAUGAUAAUGAGCAAGCCACAAAGACACCGGUGGGCAGCUGUUUCUUGGCUACCAAAGGCCUGCAAAGCAUCUCUGAGUAUGCACCAUGCCGUGAUAGUAAAAUGCACUCUCUCUACAAGUUUGCCUAUUAUAGGAAUGACAAGCGCUACUGUGAACUUGGAUUCAGCACAGUCAUCUCUGAAACCGGGAGACUGUUGGUUGGGGCACCUGGUGGAUAUUAUUUUGGAGGUAUGAUCUAUUCAGUCAGUUUACCAGCCAUCGAAGCCAGCUUUCCUCGCAGCCCUAGCUUGUUGUGGAGCAUCACCGAACACCAUUUCACGAGUGAUUACAUAGACGGGAAUUACGACAGCUAUCGGGGGUAUUCAGUGGCUUUGGGAGAGUUUAACGAGGAUCCUGAAUCGCCAGAAUAUGUGAUGGGUGUUCCUAACAAGAGCAAAACACAAGGAGUGGUAGAAAUUAUGACGUUCAAACAUGUCUUCAGAGUUCUGUGGACCAUCCCUAGUGAGCAGAUUGCAUCAUAUUUUGGACAUACAGUUGCUGUUGCUGACAUUGAUGGAGAUGGAAAAGAUGACAUUCUUGUGGGAGCCCCUCUCUUCAUGGAGCGCCGCUCGGAUCGUAAACUCUAUGAACUGGGACGAGUUUAUUUAUAUUUGCAGCGGAAGACCCCAAAGGCCUUCAGCACCCCCUGGCAGAAACUGACGGGCCUGGAUGUCUAUGGGCGCUUUGGCAUGGCUAUUGCUCCUCUGGGAGACAUGGACCAGGAUGGAUACAUUGAUAUUGCUGUAGGAGCCCCCUUUGGUGGCCAAGAUGGGGGUGGGCGUGUUUACAUCUACUGUGGGAAUAGCGAAGGCUUGAGCACAUCCCCAGACCAGAUCCUGGAGAAUCCUUUCCCUGGACCAGCUGGUUUUGGUUUCGCCAUACGUGGAGCUUCUGAUGUGGAUGCUAAUGGCUACCCGGAUGUGCUGGUUGGGGCUUAUAGAGCCAGCAAAGUGGCUGUUUACUUAGCUCGGCCAGUGAUGGUAGUGAAAGCCCAGCUGCUUUUGCCAGAUGCUUUGAAUCCAGAGAUCAAAACAUGUGAGACAUCGGGAAUGCAAGUUAGCUGCUUUGUGAUCCACAUGCAAGUAGGCAUGGCAGGGAAGAGCAUACCACAGAAAGUUGAACUGGAUGCAGAACUACAGCUGGACCGCAUGAAGCAGAAAUUUGGGCGACGGGUUUUCUUGCUGCAAACCAUGCAGCUGAGCCAGACUUUCCGGCUGAAACUGACAGGAGAAAAUCCGCAAACCAGCUGGAAUGUCACUGCCUACUUGCGAGAUGAAGCUGAUUUCAAAGACAAGCUGAGCCCAAUCAUAAUGAGUCUCAACAUCAGUUUAGUGCCACCAGCCUCCACAGAUGGUGUGUUGCAGCCUGUAGUAUCUGGCCAAACAAUGGUCCAAGAGCAGACUCAUAUUAUUCUGCAUUGUGGUGAAGACAGCAUUUGCAUCCCGGAACUCAAAAUCUCUGCUCACACGAAUGAAGGCUCCCUGGUUAUUGGGGCAGACAAUGUACUUCUCAUCCAGGCAAUGGCAGUCAAUGAUGGUGAAGGAGCCUAUGAGGCUGAACUAGUGGUGGAGUUGCCACCUGGAGCUUACUUUCAAAGGGCCAGCCGUGGUCAGCAGAAGUUUAUUUGCAGUUCCCGCAAAGAGAAUGAGACCCGUCUGGUGGCCUGUGAAGUGGGCAACCCUAUGAAAGCCAAAACGGAGAUCACAGUGGACGUGGAACUAAGUGUCAGCCAGCUGGAAGAUGCCAGUGAUAGCAUCUCUUUCAUGCUGCAGCUGAGAAGUAAGAACAGCCACAACCCCAACAGCAACGUGGAAAGGUUGCAGGUGCCUGUUAAGGCAGACGCCAAAUUGGAAUUGUUAGGGAUCUCAUCACCAGCUGUCAUUGUGCUCCCAGUGGUCUCUGGGGAUUACAGGAACAACAGCAAGAAAGCAGAGGACUAUGGGCCCAAAGUCGAGCACAUCUAUCGGCUGCAGAAUGCAGGCCCUAGUACGGUUUCUGGAGCUGAGCUUCUUGUGGACUUCCCCAGCAAGUUCUGGGAAGGUUUCUUGCUCUACAUCACUAGGGUGAGCACUGAAGGCAACGUCUCUUGCUUAGCCACGAAUGAGACCAACCCCCUCAAGCUGGAAGUGCAAGAAGCCACCACGCCUCCCAGCUCCAAUGCGACUGCCAAGCCCCUUCGCUGGCGUGAGAGGCGUGAUGUGAGCCCUGCAAUGCUGGAGGAACCCACGCUCGUGAACUGUAGUACCGAAGUUUGUACCGUCCUUCACUGCCAGGUGGGAUCAUUGGAGCGAGGGCACGGAGCUGUGGUGACCAUCCAUGCAGUUUUGUGGCUGCCGAGUUUCCGGAAGCACUCCAUGGAACAAUUUCUCAUCCAGUCUCAAGCCUGGUUCAACGUUUCAGGGAUGCCUUAUAAAAUACAGCCUGAAAUUCUACCCAGUGGAUACUCCUUGGCUAAAACACUUGUGGAGAGGGUGAACCCUGAUGCUGAGAGGGACAUCCCUGUAUGGUGGGUUAUAGUAGCUGUGGUUGUGGGACUUCUCCUCCUUGCAGCAUUUAUUAUCAUUCUUUGGAAGACAGGAUUUUUCAAGCGAAAGCGGCCACCCAUGGAGGAGGAAGAGCAGCUAACCAGUGAAGCUGGGACACAGUUACCUGGAGGACAGUAGAGGAUGAUCCUGUUCUUCCAGGACAUUCCCCACACCCCACUUCUGCCAAUCAUACUCCUGCAUGGACCUUUUUGUUUAUGUGCAUGGUGUCAAAAAAGAUGAAAACCAGCCUUUCUUAGCUUCCCAUUCUGUGGAUCCUGAAGGCUUCCCCAGGAUGAAGGGGAUUCCUAAGGAUCCCCUGAACCUGGAGGGACUGACUAGGUUUUUGGUUUCCCCAAAAUGGCUGUGGCACAACUACGGUGGAUGAUGCAAUCUAACAGGAUUUCAGCCACUGGCACAUAAUUAUAGAGAUAGAUGUAGAUAUUCAUAGGCCACAGAGAAAUAAGUAUGUUUUGAGCAAACAAGAAAAGCCAUUGUAACAUAUUUAAAAUUCAAAUUUCAUUCAUUUAAAAUAGGGGAGAACAACUUGUGCUCUUCCAUGAGAUUAUAACUACCAUUCCCAUCAUCCCUUCUCACUUGCCAGGCUGGCUAGUGUUGAUGGAAAAUGGAAGCCUCAAAUAUCCAGAAGGCCACAGGUUAACCAUCUUUGCCUUAGGUAUAUCCAAGAGGCAGUGGAAGACAGGAGGGCCUGGUGUGCUCUGGUCUAUGGGGUCACGAAGACUCAGACAUGACUUAACAACUAAACAACAACAAUGAUACAUAUCUUUCUGUCUUAAUAUACCCGAUACACUAAGUACAUAUGAAAAUAAUUGAGGAAUUAAUAUAGCUGGUGUCAUGGGAUUUUUUAAAAGAUAAUUGGGAAUUUACUCUUUUUCAUAUUCUAUUCCACUUCUCUUACAACAUGCUGCCUCUUCACAACAUGCCAGUCAGAAAAACGUAUUUCAAUAAUGAAUUGUAACAUUUCUGUAAACUGAAUUGGAGACCUCUUUUUGUAGUACAACAAA